UCGCUGACGUUGACGUUGACGUUGUCGUCGCGGCUGCUUGAAAUGCCGGUUGGGGCAUUUGGCUGAUCCGGCUGACGGCGCCGCAUGGUUCAGUUAUUCAGUUUCAGUUGUGUUUCUGCCAGCGAGUCGAGUGACACCGAGAGAAAUAGCAAAAAAAAAAAUACAUCCCACAAAACGACAACGACGACAAAUAAUAAACGAGCAACAAGCAAGAAGAAAAAAAUACAUACGAAUAUAGUAGAAGCAAUUUUUAGAUUUAACUGAUUGAAGCGGCGAACGCGGCGUAUGCGUAAUAACCAGACACAGACUGCAACAAAUUGAUACAACGCAAACAAACAAACAAACAAACACACAGACACACACACACACUCGAAUACAUUCGAAUUCACUCGAAAGUAGCUUACAUAAAGAGACUUAAAGUGGUAUUAGUAAACAGUUUAACAGGCUUAAACGCGACCUAGACGAUGCCAAAUAAUCGUAAUCGUAAUCGGAAUCGUAAUCGUAACAAGCGCAAUAAGAAUCAAAACGCAAAUCAAACUAAACAGCCGGAGGAGCAACAGGAGGAGCAAAUAGAGCAGCCAGCAACGACAACUUCAUCAUCAUCAUCAUUGGCAGCAGCUGACGAUCAUCAGCAUAAUGAUAAUAAUGCAAAUUCUGGCAGCAUUUCAAAUGGGUCAUCAACAGUCAGCAGCAACGAUGUUGCUGAUGGGGCUCCGGCUGGCAUAGCGAGCAACCACGACAGCAACCACAACAACAGCUCUAGCAACAACAACGCACAGCAAGUGACAAGAGCAGCGCCAGUGAAUCAGCCAGAAGAAGAUCAGCCAAAAGAUUUAGCUAAAGAGACGCAACAACAGCAACAACCGCAGCAGCCAGUGAGUCAGCAACUGAUUGAUGAAAACGCAGAGAGCAAAGCUGAGCAAGAGAUUGUAGUUGCAGCUGUAGAGCAGCCAAAGGAGUUAAAUCAGCAAAUAGAAAAUAACUCUGAGGAGCAGUUAAAGGAAUUGCCAAGGGAAGAGGUGCACAAGCAACCAGAGGAAGAGGCACAUGAGCAGCCAGAGCAACAGCUAAAGGAAGCUACGCAAGAGCAACCAGAGCGUCAGUCAAAAGAAGUAGCAGAAGAGCAGCCAGAGCAGCAAUCAGAGGAAGUGGCACAAGAGCAGCCAGAGCAACCGCUAGAAGAAGCAACACAAGAGCAGCCAAUUGCUGUGAUAAUUGAGAAGCAAGCAAUCGCUGCAAAUCAGCUAAAUAAUCAGCUCAAUAAUCAAGCUGAGCAUCAGCUGCAGCAGCAAUUAAAUCAGCAAACUAUUGAGCUGAAAGAAAGCUGUCAAUUAAAUCAGUUGAGCAAUCAACAGCCAGUGGAGCAACUGCCACAGCAGCCAGUAGAGCACAUUGUGCCUGUAAUCCUAGAAAAGGAGAGCAAACCAUUUGAAGUGCAGUCAGCUGGAGCUGAGCAACAGUUGCAGCAACCAGCAGUGCAUAUAGUGCCAGUGUUUGUGGAAAAGACAGAAAGCUGCAUAAGUCAAAGUGCAGAACAAACUGCAGAGCAAUCAAAGGAGCAGCCAAAAGAGCAGCCCAAGGAACAGCCAAAAGAAGAGUUAAAGCAGCAACCUGUUGUUCACUUUAUACCUGUGACUAUUGAGCAAGAAGUGAUAGAAACAAGCAGCAACAUGGGCGCCAAGCACUCGAAGCAGCAGCGUGAGCAGCAGCAGCAACAAAAGCAGUUGCCAGAACAGCAGCAGCAGCAACAACAAAAGGAGUUGCCACAAGAGCAGCAACAACAGCAGCAGCAAACACCGAAGGCGCCUGGAAGUCCACGUCAAGCAAAAGUUAUAGUGCAUCGCAUAGUGCGCGAAGAAGUCGAUGAAGUAGAUGGAACUCAGCAACAACAGCAGCAGCAACAACAUCAGCAACCACAACUACAGCAGCAGCAACAACAACAACAGCCGCUAAAAUUCCAGCAUCAGCAUGAGCAACUGCCACAGCAACAGCCGCCGCUCGGCCCAUCACAGCAAUCACCCACACGCCAGCAACCAGCGCCAGCAACAUUGCCGCAACAGCGCAGCACGAAGGUGAUAAUCCAUCAAAUAAGAGUGGAAACAGACGAGGAGGAACGUGCGCGCAAAGGUAAGCCCACGAUCGAAGAGAUCAGCAGCACCACAGCAACAUCAGCAGCAGGCACAGCAGCAACCACAAUGCACAGCAACAGCAAUGGCAGCAUACCGAGCAGCGGCACUUUGUCACCACCACCCAGAUAUCUGGUCGAAUCCCCCUCACCCAAGACACCAUCACAAAUGGCACAAUUUGGCAGAUUCGCUCGCGAUUUGCAGAUCCAAGAACUCGAACUGAACAGCGAUUGCAGCUCGGGUGAAUUCAAUUUCAAUGGCAUGCAAUCGCCAGUGGUGUGUGAGGUGGACUCAGAGGUGGAAGCAGAGCCUCUGACACCACAGCAACCGCAAGCACCAACAACAGCUGUGGCGACAUUCUCGCCAGAUGUGCCGUCCAACAGUCGAGCGGAGCAACAGGAGCAGCUGCGUCAGAGACGCGUCCAGAAACGUGUGGCACUUGAAUCGCACUUUCUGCCGCAGCUGCUCAGUCCGCGCUAUCUGGACAGCAUACUGGAGGAGAAUAGCGAAACCACAGCCUCAGGCCAUGAGCUCGCCCUGAGUCGCAGCUCCUCCAACGAUCCAAAUCACACUCGAGCUGCUGCUGCUUCGGUGCCCGCCAAGGCAAACGAAUCGUUUCCGCGCAGUCAACUGGAUUUCAGUCGCCGGCACAGACGUCGCGAGGAGCCGGUGGCUCUCAUGCUGGAGACAAAGCUGCUCGAUCAGCCCAGCGAUCUGGAGAGCUGUACCCGACUCCAGAGCACACUGUCGCCGCAGUCCGAGGACGCCGAACUCGUUUACCUCAGCUCCUCAGCCUCGAGCAGUGUCUCCGAUCUAAUGGAACUCGAACUGGAGCAAGCUGCCGCCUUGGCUGAACGUGCUCUCAUCGAUCUCGACACAGAUGCCAGUAAACUAAUCAAUCGACCCAACGAUGCUGAUCGCUUCAGUCCAGCUACCACAGCGUCCACAACUGAACCGAUCAGCUCAGCCAACGAAACGGAAACCGAGGGCGAAUGCGAGGUCGAAACGGAAGUGGACACGGAAACGGAGACGAACGUUCAGUCGAGUCGGGAGAGCACACCUGUUAAUGCUCAUCGAGGCAACGAAGAGCCAACAUUAUCGCCAUCGCCAGGCAGUUCGCUAUCAUCGCUGCUCAGUGCUGCUACGACGCCGACGCCAGCAGAGGCGCCAACAGCGACGCCCACGCGAGAGAGAGCAACAAUAGCAGCGGCAGCAACAUCGACAGCAGCAACAGCGGCUGAGUCUAACGAAUUUGGCCUGAACAAAUUGGCCAACAGUUCAAUUGCAGCGUCGUCGCUGUCGGCAACGCGCGAGGAAUUUGUUCGCAAUAUGGAAAAAGUGCGCGAAUUGAUCGAAAUGACGCGACGCGAAGAGGAAAACGUCGCGAGCAACGCAAGUGCUUACCUCAACGGAAAUGGUAAUGAUAAUAACGUGAACGUAAACGUGAACGUGAAUGCGUACGCAAAUGGAAACGGAAACGGGAACGUAAACGUGAAUGAGCAACGCGAAACGGAAGCGGAGCGUAUCAAGAAAUUGCGUCUACUAUGCACCGAGACCUUGGCAUCUAUGCCCUAUGGCGAGCAGAUGCUUGAGGAGCUCGCCAGCGUUGCCCAAAACAUAACCGAUCAGCAACAGCAACAGCAGCAACAAAAGGAACAACAGCAACAACAAUCGACCAACAACAUGCCUUAUCCCUUGCCACAUUUGCCGCACAUCAGCGAGUUGCAACUCUCGCUAGGCGCAGCCAAGAAUGAUGCCUGGCUGGGAUUGCCAACGCAAGCGGAUCCCAAGUUGUUGGUGUGUCUAUCGCCCGGUCAGCGUGCUUUAGUCGAGCAGCAAUCAUCAAAGCAAUCGGCGCCCGAUCAGCUGCUGGAUGCGCAUGAGAAAUUCGUGCAGCGUCGCGGCUAUCACGAGUUGAGCGCUGAACAGGUUCGAGCGAUGGACAGCGAGCAACUGAAACUGGAGCAGGAGCAGAUGCUGAAAACGGCGGCGAAAAUGCGUGAAUUGCGCAAGAGUUUGACGCCGCAGCCAGAAGAGCAACCACAACAGCAACCACAACAACAAUUGUCGCCAGUGCCGCCGCCGGUGCCAGUGAAGAGCGCUGAGACCGCAGCGAAGGCAAAGAGCAACCAGGGCGAUGACGUAAGCCAGCAAGUGAGAAGCAGCUAUCAGAAGGUGAUCACAUCAGCGACAUCAUCAUUUGAAAAUAAACCGACAGCAGCUGAUCAGCAACAGCCACAGUCAGCGUCCGAAAAGUUGCCUCACUCAUUUGACCAGCGCACGUCCAGCAGCACAGAGCAACAGCAACAGACUAGAAACAGCAGCUACAUGAGCAGCAACAGCAGCAACAACAAAUUCCCAGCCAGCAUGGAAAGCGAACUCGCACGCAUGUUUCCAAGCAUUGCGCAGCAAGGCGACAUCUUUGAUGAGCAGCGCAAGCGUUUCUCCAACAUCGAGCAGAGCGUGAAACCUGCGCAAACAAAACGUUACUCGAACAUUGAAACGAGUUCGUUUGAGUCGAAGAAACGUGUGGAGAACGGACAAGUUGUCUACGAUUACAGCAACAGCAGUCGGGAGCAGCAAGAGGAAGGCGAGAAGCCACAAGCACCAGCAACAGCAACAACAAAUGGCAAAUUCCCAUUGAAUGUGCAUCAGAUCCCAGUGCGUUUGAUCGAAGAUGAGGUGGAUAAAGCGCCGCCAGUGCCUCCGCCGCCGGCACCAGCAAAUAUUAUGUCAGCUACCAAAUUAAAUGGCAAGCCAAACACUUUCAUUGAUGACGCACAGCAGCAACCACAACAGCAACAGCAACAUCUGAGCACUGAGAGCAACAUCUCUCGCAGUGAGCAACAGCUCAAGGUGAACAGCAGCAGCAGCAACACUUAUGAAGAAUUUCGGCAACGUGCCAAGGCAGCAAUCGAAGCAAUUGCUCAGCCAAACAACAGCAACAACGGCAACAACACGCAACCUUCGCAGCCGCCUUUGGACAAUGAAAAGCUGUUCAAGGACUUUGAUGCCUUGUCCCAGCAGCUCAAUGCCGAACUGCAGACGAGUCGCGUCCAACGCGAGCAACGCGACAAAUCCGCUUCGCUCUACGAUCUCAGUCGCCUGACGCAGCACAGCAACAACCAGAGCCAGCAGCAACUCGAGCAGCUGCAGCAGCGACGCCAUGCGCACAUGCAGGAGCUGGAGCGUGAAAUCGAACGCUCCGCUCGCUCCCGCCAGGAGCGUCUCUCCUCGGUGCCACGCACCAGCGAGGAGCAACAGCCGGUGGAGUAUCGUGCACGACGCGCUGAAUCGCUCUGCAAUCUACAGCAGGAGCCGCUUCAACGUCCGCACAGCUCAGCGGAACAUUAUCGUGUGCAACCACAGCAACAGCAACAGGAUGAUUGGUCGCGUUACGCCAGCGAUUUGGGCUACUCGGAGAACAUAGCGCGUCCGUUUGCACGUGAGGUGGAGAUUUGCUAUCAGCGGCAGCAUCAAAGGCAACCGCUGGGAAUUCGCGCUCCACGCUUGUCGAUGAGCACCAACGAUUUGUCGAGCAGCAGCUAUGAUAGUUACAAUGCUUACGGCGGAGCGAGGAGGCAUGCACCGAUGUUGCAACAGGCGCCGCAGCAACAGCGACCACAUUAUGCCAGCUGCUAUUCGAUGAUCGAACGUGAUCCGAAUCCCACGUACAUCAGCACCACCUCAAGGCGUGGCGUCUCCCCCGCCCCACCGGCACCUGUUACCCCGCAGCCGCCCGCAUACGAUCGGCAGCAGAGACGCGCAAGCUUGCCACGCGAGUUGCACGAACAGCAGCUGAAGUAUAUACUCAGUAAGGAGGAGGAACUGAAGCUGGAGUUUGAGCGUUUGCAGCAAGAACGUCGCCGGCUGAUGGACGAGAUGCAACGUGCCCCGACGGUCUUGCAAGCGCCGCCGCCACGUCGUGACAGCUAUCGACCGGCGCCCAAGUUGCCCACGCUCAGCGAGGACGAAGUGUUCCGCCAGCAGAUGGCCGAGGAGUGGAUGAACAAGGUGGCGGAGCGUGAGGAGCGACGUCAGCACAAGAUCAUCAAGAUCUCAAAGAUCGAGGAUGAGCAACAGCAUGCCACCGAGGAGCAGGCGAACAUCAGCGAUGAGUUUCUCAAUCGCGUCAAGGAGCGUCGGCAUAAGCUCGCAAUGCCCGCGGACAGUGAUUGGGAGAGUGGCGCCGAAUCGCAACCGAAUCUGAGCAAAUCGGGGCAAGCGGCAGGCAGCGAAUCGUCGGAUGUGGAGGCGCCACCGAUGCGCGUACUCGAGGGUAAGGCGGAGGCAAAUCUGCGGGAGUUGCCGCGACAUUUGCGCGAGUUUGCCAAGUUCGCGAGCAGCGAGCAGCUCGAGGGCGGCCAGGGGCAUGUGGAUCGCAUGGAGGAGCAGGAGCGCAGCGAGAUGAUCACGGACAAUUCGCAUAGCAGUGCCAGCAAGAAGUCGAGCAUUGUGAAGACGUACAAGGUGUCCAGGCUGCCGCCUUCCGUACAGGCCAUAGCAAUUAAAUCCGAGAGGCCGAGACAACAGCAACAAGAGCAAGAGCAACAAAAGCAGCAGCAGCGACAGCCGCAGCCGCAACCUCAGCCGCAGUCAGCAGCGAUGCCAACGACGACGCCAGCGAUGACUGCGAAAUUGCGUAUACGACCCCAGAAACAGACGCGAUUUCUGCUAUCACCGCAGCAGCUGCAGCGACAGCGACAGCGACGCAGCUGGUCGGAGAGUGAUCUGCUCAAGGAGAUCGACAACGAGCUGCAGCUGGCCAAGGGCUUUCUCUUUGCCAACGAACACACACAAAACACAACAAUGUUUGCGCCCAAAUUCAAAGCACGCGCACCAACUGGCUCAGGCGUCUGGACACCUAAAAGUCAAACACCGCACGGCUCCAGCAACGAUCUGGCCAACAGCUGCUCCUCAGCAGCCCCCACACCACCGCCACCGCCUUCACAGCCCGUGUGGACGCCACAGCCAUCGCCAGCGCUCAGCGGCCGCAAGGAGUUUCGUCCCGUGCGCUUCGAGUCGCCCACCUUGCCACGUCGCUACACGGCACUGCAACAGCAACAAGAACAGCAGCAGCAGCAGCAACCACAGACGACGACAAUACCACCGUGGUCAUAUACAAACGGAGCCACCACCACAACUCUUAGCUCCAACAACUCGGAUUACGCCGAAACCGAUUGUUCCACUCAGUUUGGCCCAGUGGCGCCCUCUGCCAGCGUCUCCGAUAAGAUCAAAACAUUUGAACGCUCUGCUUCCACAUCGGAGUUGAACAGGCCGUUUGUGCGUCGUCAGCUGUCAGACAAUAGCCGAGCUGUUUACAGGCCCAAUGAAGUCAUCUACAAAGUCAAGCACGAGUAUUUGAGCGAACCGGAAACGGAAUACGAUCGUCCGCGCAAAAUGGCGCAAUUAGGUCGACGGCAAUACGAAGGCAUCGGUCCGGUGACCAACGAUGGAAUGCCCAUAAUACUUAGAUCGGAGGUCCAGGAACCGCAUCAGCAUGAAUGGUACAAGCGACUGUAUCAGACCAUACAUAAGCAGAAGAAUGGCGACGAUUACGUGAUACGCUACAAGUGUCCCAGAGCUCGUCCAUCGUAUAAGAGCAAUGGUUAUGUGUCUGAACCUGAACCCAACUACGAUUCCGAUUACUCAACUCUAAAGUAUCGCACACCGAAUCCGCUACGUGUGCAGUCGGUAUCCUCGGCUGUCAAUGUGCGCAAUCUAAAUCAGGACGAUAAAUUGUAUGGUACUAUGCCCAAUCCGAUAAAAUCGGCAUCGAAUUCAUACAAAAAUCAACCCGGUCGCAUUGAGAACUACACAACUGGACAUUCGUCUGUGUCGGAGAAGGAAAAGAAGGAGUGGUGGGACGAAGUGAUGGACAUCUUUAACGGGAACUUGGAACAAUCAAAACUAUCGCCACUCUACACCGAAGGCAAUCUAUCCAGAGCUCUGGCUAAAGAGUCUGGCUACACUAGCGAUUCCAAUCUAGUCUUCCGCAAAAAGGAACUGCCGGUGAGCAGUCCUUUGAGUCCAGUGGAGCAGCGUCAAGCCUACAAGAGUCUGCAGGCGGGUGGAGAGCCGCCUCUGCUGGGCUUCCGUAAGCCAGCGCCUGAGAAACCCAAAGAAAUUGUGGAAGAAUUUGAAUUCAUACAGAUAACACCGACGCUAACGAAGAUACGCGUGAGCACAAAACCCUUGGAGGAAGAAGAGCAGCAACAGGAAGCCACUCCGAAGUUUACCCCUCCACCACCACCUCCACCGCCUCCUCCUCCGCCGCCACCUACCAAUAACAACAACGCCAUGUUCACCCAUUUCUCCAAGAAUCUGCCCUCGUUUAUACCGCUUAGCAAGAAGCAGCAACAGCAGCAGCAACUCGUCCAGGAGGCGCCUCCUUUGCCACCCAAUCGUCGCUCCUCCUGCACCAAGAGCACUGUCAAGGUCUCCAGCAGCUGCUCGAAGUCGCGACACGAUCAAUGCUUUCAACCACCUGGAGGCAACUCCACCAGCAACUCGAUUACCUUGAGGAAAGUCAGCAGCUCGCGCCGUGAACCCAUCUGUCGCUCCAAGUCAGCUGGCGCAGUGUCCACUCUGCUGGCUACUUUGACCGCCACCAAGGAGACGCGUAGUAAGGAUGGCUGCCUGAUGCGAGUGCAACAUCUGCAGCAGCAGCAUCAGCAUCAUGCUCGCCUGCGUUCCGUGAGUCCAAGUCGUCGUCCCGCUCGGCUAUUGGCGUUGCGACACUCGAGUCGCAGUCCGGUGGCAUUUGGCCGCAGCAUCUCGAAGGAACGCAGUUUUGCCGAGGAGAAGAAGCGACUGGAGAGCACGCUGCCCGCCAAUCGCACCAACUUCGAGGCCAGCACGAACAUUCUGCGUGAUCCGUCGCUGAAGUCCCCGCAGGAAGUCCGCGAAGCUGUGCGUUCGUAUGCCACCUGCAAGGCGCAACAUACGCGCAGCAAGAGCUUGCCACGCUUGCGGCAGAGCACGGUGAGCACUACCACACGCCACACCAUGUGCUUCCCCCAGGUGCGUCCACAGAAUCUGCUCGAUUGCAGUCGUUCGCUGAAGAAGGUGCUGCCCAAGAGCGGCAACAGCAAGUUACAGGCCACUCCGGGGCAGGGACAGUUGAUCAAAGCCAUUGCCACGGUGCAUCGCAGUGCCUCCAACGAUAGUUUGCCACGCAGCAACUCGACCUACUCCAUCGAUUCGAUGGUGCGGCAUGAAUACGUGGUCCCAGUGGCACCACCUAAGACCUAUGUCGGCAAAGCGAAGCCGGCGCUCCAAACAAGCCGCAGCGAGGGGCACGUGCCACGCAAACGUGCCACAGCUAGCACAGCGAGCAAGGCGAAACCAAAGGCUAAGCAGGCGCUACCUAAACAAGCUUACAGCGAGAGCGUCCGCGAGAAAACCAACUUCUGGAACGAUUACAAUGCGAAGCAGGCAACGCAGAUGCCACACUCUCUGCCACAAGCAGCAAAUUGCAGCAGCAGCGACUACAAAUACUGCUCGUUGCAUGAGCCGCCCUAUGGCGAGGAUACUUACGAUUAUUCAGCGCAACAGGCACAGGCGGUGUUGCAACAGCAGCAAACACCCAGUUGCAUUGAGGAUCUCGUCUGGCAGUAUGAGAACAAGGGACAGCACAGCAUUCGUCCCGUUCCUGUUACGGACAUUGCGCGUCCGCAAUCACCGCAAGGCGAACCUCAGCUGGGACAACGUCGCUUCUCCCCGACACGCGAAGUGCGCGUGCCACAAGCGCCGCAACGUGAGGUGCGUUCUCCAUCGCGUCGUCGCAUCGACAGUCUGCGCUCGAGUCAGCGCCAGGACAAGGAUCAACAGCAGGUGGCACGCGCCAGCAGCCUAAGCAGCGCCGAUGAUCGCAGCAAACGACAGACACAGGUGGCAGCCCCAGGAAGCCUCUAUCAAUGCGGGGAGUUGGCACACAGUGCCACCUCCUUGACUUACCUGGAGCGGCACAGUCCGAGUUGCCGCUAUCGCAACAAUUGCGAACGCUUCACCGAGCUGAAUCGUUUCUACAGCACGCUGGAACGCGUGGGACAGCUGGAACGUGCCACAUCCGCCAGCAACUUUCAUCCGUUGCGGAAGGACGCCGAGUUGCUCGACUUUGACGAGUGGCGCAAGGUGCGACUGCAUGAGCGUGCGGAGAAGGAGCUUCAGUAUCUUGUGGGCAAGCUACAGGAUGAUCAGCGGGACCGCGAUUUGCACUAUCGCUCGAAGGAUGUGAGUGCCAUCAAGUGGCGCCACGAGGCUGAUCAGGCGCUUCAUGCCAAGCAGAAGUCCGUGGAGGAUUUGCGUGAGAACUUCGAGCAGCUACAGCUUCUGAAGCAGCAGCGUGAGGAGGCGGCACAGUUGCCGCCGGUGCAGCGACAAUGGCGGCGUAAUACGGUGGCGGACCUGGCCAGCAGCCUGGAGGGAAGAGAAGUGAAGGAAGCAAGGGAGUCGAGGGAAUCUAGAGAGCCUAGGGAGUCGAGGGAGCCGCGUGACUCUCAUCCUGAGCGCCAUCUCAGCAAUGAUCUCGUCAGCACACUCUCCAAGGAUCAGAUUAAGAAAAUUACCCAACAACUAAACGAAAUCUACGCCGGCAACCGCAAGCCCGCCGUUGAGGAGCACUAUGUGGUGACCGUAGAGAAGGGUUCAAAGCCCAGCAGUCAUGCCAACACUCUCAAGGUGCGCUGCAACUCCAGCAUAACCAAAGAACAGUUGCUUGGUCCCGUGCUACGUAAGCGCGAGGAGCAACAACCACAAACACUACCACGUGCCACACGCAGUCAAUCCCCAGUGGUGGUGGCCAGAGAAACACGCGGCGCCAUUGCAGCCAAGAACGCGGAGCUGACGUUGACUAAAGCACCCGAGGUGCCACCGCGUCCCAAGCCUAAGAGUGACCCCAAACCUGUCAAGGUAGAGCCAGUGGAGGACUCUUCCCAGCUGGACAAGGACAAUCCCAUUAAUCAAAAGAUUCAAUACUUUGAGGAUCGUCAGUUUGAGGAGCCGCCCAAGACCAUUUACCAUGCUCGUGAGGACAGCUCCCCCGACGAGGCGGAGGUGAUGCGUCUCAUCGAGCAGAACAUGCAGGCGCGACAGCAGGCGAGGCACACAUCAACUCAAGUGACCCACACCGAGCUGAGCAACUCUCUGACCGAUCUGAGCGGCAUCUUUGGGGAACGCAGUGCGGCACGCGUAAAUUUUCACUUGCACAGCCCGCCCGAUCGUCCACCCGAAGAAGACAACGAAGGCAACACUCGGCCGGAUCACGAGCUGCUCAGCUACGCGCCUGGUUCGCCCGCUGGCAGUCUUGAGCUCUACGACGCUUAUUACCGAUCGCGCAGCUUGUCGCCGCAAUCCCAGAUCUCGGCAUGCUCCAGUUCGUACUUGCAACGUGUCUACACCGGCGAGGUGCAGAAGAUCAAGCAGAAGUUCGAGAGCAUUCAGCGCGAUCAAUCCAAUGAGAGGCGUGAUUUUUUUGGGCUUAACACGCUGCGGAAGGCGCGCAGCGAUCCUGAAUUUCAGGCAGGAUCAAAAGACGCCUUGGCAACUGCCACGGAUGCGUUGCCCCGAGACGACGACGUCAGCCAGCUGACGCACAAAUUCGAACGACGUGGCGCCACGCCGUCCCCAGAGCGUGGCAGGCGACGACAACGCGGCCUGUUGAUGCCACACAUCGACAUCAUCAGCAAGACGGCGGCGUUGAAGCGUGAGCUCUUGCCACGUGGCAGCCCCACGCGGAGUCACAGCAGCAACAGCUGUGCCACCGGUGGGCAAGUGCAGAGUCUGCGCAGUCGCUACGAAUCAUCGCCAGAGUUGCCACCGCGUUACUUGUCCACCUCGCUGGCAGAUCUGCGUGAUGUGCACGACAUUUCGCCACAUCUAAGCGGCGAUUGGGUGGCACACAAGCAUCCCCAACGCACACCAGCGUUACCAAGGAAGCCACAACGCAGUGCGGCAGCAAGUGGUGCAGGUGGUGCAACGUUGCGUGCCAGCAGCACUUCUCCCAUAAGACCUCCGAAGUCACAGCGACAUGCGCAGACCAACUUUGGAGACAUCUUUGCCAACCAGAAAUUCGAUCCGAAGAUGCAUCGACCCAAGGCACGUUAUGUGCCCGAUGGAGCAGAUGCCAGCAGCACCACAGCAACCAACACAGCAAUCAACACAGCAGUAAACACAGCAACCACAGCAAAGCGCGCUGGCGGUGUCAACACUUUGGAGCGUCUCAAACGCAGCAUGGCGGUCACAUUCAAAGACGUGAAUGUUCACUUUAAGACACCGUUGAGGCAUGAGUAUAAGCAGAACUUAUCGGAGGAGGAAUUAGCCAUACGACAAGCGGAGCAUAUGCAGAAAUUGUAUCAGGAGGAGCGCAGACGCAAGUAUCUACAGGAGCUGCAGGACAUGAAUUCGCGACGACACACCGACAAUUUCACACCCUCACAGAAAUCACCGAUUGCUCUCAAUCGCUACGAUGAUUUCCCCACAGACGUGACCCUCAAAUCUCUUGUGGGUCCCAAGACCGUUGCCCGGGCACUCUACAAUUUCCAGGGACAGAGCUCUAAGGAACUCUCGUUCCGCAAGGGCGACGUUAUUUACAUUCGACGACAGAUCGACCCCAAUUGGUACGAAGGCGAGCACAAUGCGAUGAUUGGACUGCUGCCCGCCAGCUACGUCGAGAUUGUUAGUCGCGAUGGCGCUCGCACACCUUCCAAGCGUCCAUCGGAGGGACAAGCACGUGCCAAGUACAACUUCCAGGCUCAGUCCGGUGUCGAGUUGUCCCUCAACAAGGGAGAGCUGGUCACACUGACACGACGAGUCGACGGCAACUGGUUCGAGGGCAAAAUCGCCAAUCGCAAGGGCAUUUUCCCAGUCUCCUAUGUGGAGGUGCUAACUGAUAUUGGAGCCGAGGACAUUGCGGCUAGAACGACAACAGUCAUCAGCAGUCAGAGCACGACAAAUCUGCGUCCCAAUUUGGACGUGCUGCGCACAAAUAUCAACAACGAGUUCAACACGCUGACACAGAAUGGAUCCCAGCCACCCAAUGGAAUACUCAAGGACACCAGGACGCUGCACAAGACAGAUGCGUUGCAUGUGGACACAAGUUCUGAGCCAUUGACUUAUCGCGCACUCUACAAGUAUCGGCCACAGAACUCCGAUGAGCUGGAGCUCUUUGAGGGAGAUCUGGUUCAUGUGCUGGAGAAGUGCGACGAUGGUUGGUUUGUGGGCACAUCACAGCGCACCGGCUGCUUUGGCACAUUCCCCGGCAACUAUGUGGAACGUGCUUAGACCGAAACCCAAAAAUCGAUCGAAAAGAUCCUCUGGAGAACCGUUAAGAUAUUUGUUUUGUUUUGACCCCAAAAAAGGAGAUGAAGUUUUAAAGCCUAAUCGUAAUGAAUUUGUAGUCUAAUAACUUGCAGCGCAGUCGAGGCAUUAGCAAUUAUCAAUUAUUUAUUAUUGACCUCUUGCGUUCAAUGAUAAUCGUAAUAAUUAUUUUAAUUGUUGUUCACUUUUGCCGAUUGCCGACGUCUGCCGAGGAUGUGUUUUCUCUUUAAUUUAAAUAAUGUACAACUAUUUAUUUAAUUUUAAAGAACAUGUUGAAAUUAUGUUUAUUUAUAAAACCAAAAAAAAAAGUAUAUCUAUUAUUAACCAGAAGUUUUCCCACACACACACAAACACACACGAACACAGACACACCAAACAGAAUAUCAGCAGCGAUAUUUGAUAUAAUUUCUUUUAAUUUCGUUUACCUACUAAUUUUAACUAGUCACAGCUAAUUUCCAAAAAAAUAAAAAAUGAAAAACCACAUACAAAAAAAAUAAUCAACAGAUAUUAAAAUAAUUCAAAUGUUGAACACAAAAAGUGCCUUAAAAAAUGAAAUGUUUAUUGACUUUGACAGAAAGCAAAUAAUAAUUAAUGAUUACUAAAAUAAUGAAACGAAAAUCAAGUGCCCUUUUUGUCUAAUAAUUAAUAAUUAUAAUAACUGAGAAACUAAACUAAAAUGAUGAAAACAAAAUUUGUAAUUUUAUGAGCGUUUUAAUAAUACACAGACACCUGUUGCAAGCGAAUGCGUAUUAAGUAAAUAAAUCAAACAAAAACAAACACCAACAAA